UCCUGGGUGACUCUUACAGCCACUGCGGGGCUCAGCUCAGUAGCUGAACACGAAGAUGCACUCCUCAGACAUUUGUUCCAAGGUUACCAGAAAUGGGUUCGUCCUGUGUUGAAUUCCAGUGACAUCAUAAAAGUAUAUUUUGGAUUAAAGAUAUCUCAGCUUGUGGAUGUGGAUGAAAAGAAUCAGCUGAUGACAACAAAUGUGUGGCUGAAGCAGGAAUGGACAGACCAAAAAUUACGAUGGAAUCCGGAAGAAUAUGGUGGAAUUAAUUCGAUAAAGGUUCCAUCGGAAUCGAUCUGGCUUCCCGACAUAGUUCUCUUUGAAAAUGCUGACGGACGUUUUGAGGGCUCCCUCAUGACCAAGGCCAUUGUGAAAUCCAGUGGAACCGUCAGCUGGACUCCUCCCGCCAGCUACAAAAGUUCCUGCACCAUGGAUGUCACGUUUUUCCCGUUCGACAGGCAGAACUGCUCAAUGAAGUUUGGGUCCUGGACUUACGAUGGUACCAUGGUUGACCUCAUUCUGAUCAAUGAAAACGUUGACCGGAAAGACUUUUUUGAUAAUGGAGAGUGGGAGAUACUGAACGCAAAGGGGAUGAAGGGUAACAGAAGAGAAGGCUUUUAUUCCUAUCCGUUUGUUACCUACUCUUUUGUUCUGAGACGCCUGCCACUUUUUUACACCCUCUUUUUGAUAAUCCCCUGCUUGGGGCUGUCUUUUCUCACUGUCCUGGUGUUCUACCUGCCCUCCGACGAAGGGGAAAAGCUCUCAUUAUCCACCUCGGUUUUGGUAUCUUUGACGGUGUUUCUUUUGGUAAUUGAAGAAAUAAUCCCGUCUUCUUCAAAAGUCAUCCCUCUCAUUGGCGAGUACCUCCUCUUCAUUAUGAUUUUUGUCACGCUGUCAAUCAUUGUCACAGUUUUUGUAAUUAAUGUCCACCACAGAUCUUCCUCAACGUACCAUCCCAUGGCCCCCUGGGUGAAGAGGCUGUUUCUGCAAAGACUCCCGAGGUGGCUUUGCAUGAAGGACCCCAUGGACCGCUUCUCUUUCCCUGACGGAAAGGAGAGUAAGGCAGCCGUGAGGGGGAAAGUCCCAGGGAAGAAGAAACAGACACCUACUAGUGAUGGAGAAAGAGUUCUGGUCGCUUUCCUGGAGAAGGCCUCAGAGUCGAUUAGAUACAUUUCGAGGCAUGUGAAGAAGGAACACUUCAUCAGUCAGGUAGUGCAAGACUGGAAAUUUGUGGCUCAAGUUCUUGACCGCAUCUUCCUGUGGCUCUUUCUGAUAGCUUCCGUUCUGGGCUCCAUUCUGAUUUUUAUUCCAGCCUUGAAGAUGUGGAUACAUAGUUUCCAUUAG